GGUUAACAUUUGAAAAGGGAUCUUUGAGGAAAUCUCUUUAGCGGCCAAGCUAUAAUCUACUUUAACUAAUCACUCAAACUGUUGUUCUUUUUAGUUCGCAUCUUCUUUGUUUGCUGUUUCUCUGAUGUAGUCGAUGUCGUUUUGCUGGACGAUCGUGGCUGGCUGUUCUUUUUCUUUCUCUUAAAACGUGACGGACGCGAAGCCGAGCUCGUUUCAGGUUCAUCUUCACGAGCACUUUCCUCGGAACUGCUGCUUUUCGAAGUAUUUUCAAAAAUUUCACAAAGAUCUGCACUCGAACUAUCGCAAGAAUCCUUGCAUCUCUCUGCCAUUUUCCUUUCGAUAUAUUAUCGAGUGAAUUAGAAAUUCAUCAGGCGCUAGUUUUGAUUGGUCAUUGGGCUCUCGUCCAGGAGGAGUCCUAACUCGUGGUAAAUUCAAACUUAAAAUAGUCUUGUAUGUGAAAACGCCGUGACAAAAAUACAGGGCAGUUGAACGCUCCAAGUAAUGGGCUCCUGGUUCUACCAACAGAGCUGUGACGCCACAAGUUAGGAGUGGGGCGAAUUUAAAGGGGUUCUUUGUUCCCCUUAAAGAGAUCUGGUCGUAUUCUGGAAACAUGAAAUAAGUCAUAAUGUGACCUACAGACAAAACAACGAGAGACGAAUUCAUAUUUGGUCCUGAUAACGCCCAGAUAAGCGAGCAGAUCUUGAAGAAUGCCCCUGUGACUGAUUUUGUGGGAAGACCUUCACAAGGGUGCUCCAGAUUUCCUACAGCCGAGGAGAAGGAAAAGCCACCAUUUUAUCGCUUGAUUCUCAAUUGAAAGAUAGAGGUUCAAAUUCAAAAUGUAUUAAUUUAUAUUGAAAUUCAUCUUGUGAAAGUUUCAAAGAAAGUCACAUCGUCGCGGAAGGGGACUAGGCCUUGCUGGACCCAGACCUAACAACAUUCUUGGAGUUGCUCGGAUCAGUUAAGUUGAAAAUGGCGGGUAUUGUGAAUGUCAGUGAUCACGACUAGGAACAUUUGAUCGGAAUUAUGUAACGAUAAGAGUAUUCCACACUUUUCAGAAGUGUAAUGGCUUCAAAUCCUGCUACUGAUGACCUUGAAGUUUUUGAAGAAUGAUCGAAAUGAUCGCGAAAAUGAGAACGUCGAGAUCAAGAGAUGGAAGUGCAUGGAAGUGCAUAGACACUGAAGGUGUGAGGGUGAACAAAAAAACGAACGCGUUCAGGAAUCAAGUGAGAAAAUAAAGCGCCAGAUGCAGUCGUCGAUUCAAAAUGUGAUGCCGGCGGUCGCUAGAAAUGUACAAGUUCUUGGAGUGUUAGCAGUGAAUUCCUCAGACGAGUUUCAAAUGAAGUCCUCGAAAACAACCGCUAAAAACUGCAAAAGAUAAAAAUACUAGGUCACCGGUUAAAUCACCCGAAAAAGAUGAUGAUGCAAGUUUGCUGAGUCUGAGCUUUAACCAAAUAGCAAAAUUAUAGCAGACAUUUUGCUUAACGGGAUAGUCAUUGGCAUGUUGUUGAUCUCGCGAAAACGAUCCCCUCCCUUCUUAUCAACGUUGCUAGCUGACUAUAUCCAUGUUCACAACUUAGAUUAGAAAAUCUGAAUUCAGGACAAGGGGGGUGGAUGUUAGUCUGCGCUGCCGAUCUGUGAUGGCUAUAGAUUUUGGUAAAAAGCUGGUUUUUACAUGAACUCUUUGAAAAAAUUUCAUCCGACUGUAAACUAUUUUUAAACUAUUAAUUUUUAAAUGCAGUAGCUUUUACCUUGGCUGGUCUGUCUUUUUCUGACAUGAUGGCUAACUCAAGUGUGUGUGACAUCAUAUUUACUACUUAAUGGUAAUUUUUCUCUCUUGUCUUUUAGUCCCAAAGUUUUCCAAUUUGUUUUGACGCCAUGGUCAAACUCAGGUUCUCACAGGCUAUCAUCUCUCACUUGUGGGCAUCUCUUUGGAAGAAGGUAAAUGUUUUGAUCACAUGGAGUUCUUUUAACUGAAAGGCUCAAGUACUAUCUGCUGUUGAGACAUUGAGCUCUAGCUGAGUCUCCUCCUUUUGUGAAUCUGGACUAUAUCUAAGAAAGUGGUGAAAAUGGAUUCUAAUUGAUCCCAAGUGAAUGGUUUUAGGAUUUUCAUGAUAAACUAAAAAAAAAAAAUAUAUAUAUAUAUAUAUUUUUUUUUUUUUUUUCCUGAAAGCUACAUUGAAAGAUGGUCAAAAGCCAAGGGAGGAAAUGAUAAAUGUCCACAGUGCAAUGCACCUGUAAGAAAAAGAGACAUAAGAAUAAUAUUUUUACACAAAAGCCAUCAAGGCUACCAAUACAACAGAACGUGACAGGGCACUGACAGAUCUGGAGAAGGAGAAGGAAGCUCGACAGAAGGCAGAAGAGAGAGAGGCUUGUGUAUUGCUGUAAUACCAAUUGGCGAGGUAAUUGCUGGAGAAGACAUAGGUGCAUAGUGCAUGACUGUGUAUCUCAAAGUUUUAGGCAGUAUAUUUUUGCAUAAUGCAUGAAUCGUAUCCUUAAUCUUAGGAUAAAUGAUGAUUUGAUCUAGUACCCUUGUUCCAAUAAAUACCCCCUCUAAUAAGUGCCUGCCCUCAAAUCUGUUUUUGUUAGUGAGCAUCCCUAUUUCAAUAAGUGUCCCUAUUGCAUAUAAAACUAACCUAACUCAAAAGAGCGCUUCCUAUCAAAGAAGAGCCCUGAUUCUGAUUUAGUGAUCUGGUGGCAGUGCUGUGAGGACCCUGUUAGAAUACAUGACGUUGUACAUUAAGAUCAACCACAGUCACCUUCCUCUUAUUGCACACUCAAAGCCUUAUCGCAAAAUAGUGGUCUUUUUCUCAGUCUGUUAACUUUUAUUUCCAUGUUGGUACUGUACUUUUGUUUCAAAUCAUGAACCCAAAAAGCAGGUCAUGUUUUUGUUCCUGGUGCUGCUUUUUAUUCAGUUUGUGUAAACUGAAGAAAAUUGAAAUGACAAAUAUGUUUCUUGAAUAAGCCAAUCAGGUGUCAGAAUGAAAAGUAAACUGCAGGCAGCAAUGGUAAUUAGUUUGGUGUGGUACAAGGUUUGUUCAUAAGUCCUGAACUUUAUUGCAAUUUGCAAUUUUGCAAUUGACUUACUGUAAUCAAAACAAAGUUUUCACCUGAUCAUAUUGCUCUGCACCUCUGAUAUCAACCCAGACUCUGUUGCAACUGAAAACCAGUGUUUAGUUGUCAGGGGUGAUAUGGUAAGGAGAAAUUAAGUGCUAGUCACUCUUGAAGGUUAAAGGUACAGUCUUUUAUUAAAUCUUAAGGUCCAGCUCAUGCUCUCAGUGCAGCUCAGAAUCUCAGGGGGCAUCAACAGCUGUAAGAACAUUUGGGCAAAGCACCUCUAGUUGGAGCUUACUAUUAAGGAAAUCAUGUUCUACAAACGUCUUUUCAAGUUUCACAGGUACAGCUUGAAUUACACUUACAUGUAUGUGCCACUUCUACAUGUGAAUACAGUAAUAGACUCGUUUGGAGUGUUAGCCCUUCAUAAGAGCAAUUGGAGGAAUUGUGAGUUGUGUGUAGGUUUAUAUGCAGAAAACGGAGUGACGUUAUUGGUGGGAAUAUGGUGACAGAAACAAGAAUAAAUUAGUUAAAUGAAAAGUGCUCAUUGAUACCAUGGGGAUUAAGAGUGCUAAUAUGAAAGAUAAAUUUUUGUUCUAGAGUUUUGAGGCUUUCCGAACUGCCUAGAUCUAGCAAAAGGCCAUAUGCUGCUUAGAAUGAUCAGGGAAAUUAAAGUGUCUAGCGACUGGUUUGGAUGCAUCCUUGUCAUUUCUCUCUACAUCGCAAGGGUGUUUUUGGAAUUGGUCACCAAGUCAUCUUCUCAUUUCACCAAUGUAUAACUUUUUGCAAUAAUUAAGUGCAAGUUAUAUAGUACAUGACAUUAGCAGAGGUGUAUGUGAAGUGAUCAAUGAUCUUGAUGGAUCUCUUGGCCAGAAAAUGUCGGAACCUGAGAGAUAGAUGUAACUUUACUUUUCUGUCUGCUGCACCAUCAGAGCAAAGAAUUUGUAUUAUUUGGCCAAUGUUUGACUUAUUAGUAAGAGUAAUACUGUCAUUUCCUCUAACUUUUUUUUAGCCAGAAUGGAGCAAGAGUGAUUUCUUUUGAUCAACACCAUGCUGUACUAGUUGUGUCCAAGCCUUCACCAAAUCAGCUCUUUCCUGGAUUUGGUGUGGUAAAGGUUUGUAAAAACUCUGUAAUUAUUACUAACAGUAUUUAAUUUUAUGCUAUCUCAUAUUUUACUGUAUGGCCUGCUAAUUCAAAGGCUUGUUUGAAUUGAAAUCUUCUCCUUGUAUGUUGUAGGUAAGGUAAGGUAAAGUAAAUAUCUUUUCUUAAUAACCUCAAUUCCUUAGUCUUUACUGUGAUUUUUAGAAUCUUGUUCUUUUCUCCUGGAUUUAUGAUUUGUAAACUUCACUUGAGUUGAUUAAUAAUUAUUAUUAAUUAUUAUGCUAUGCAAUCUUUUUACAUUCAGUAGAAACUGUAAGACUUGAAAUGAAAAGUCUAUGCAUUAAAUCCAAGGUGACUUAUAGCCAACGGUCUCACCGUCUCACCUUUCCAGAACAUGUUUAUGUACUUGUUUUAUAAAUUUUUCUUUAAUAUGUUUGUGCAAAUUUAGGUGAGCUCUUUAGAUUCAAAGCAUUGUGAGUUUGUGCGCAUUCACCAGAAGGCCGUCCGUGAUGUGGCAUUUAACAACAGAGGUGAUGGUUUAUUGUUGACAGCAAGCAUGGACAAGACUGUCAGGGUCACCAGUAUGCUGAGCAAUGCUGUUGUACAGACGUGAGUGGAGUAAAGAGUAUUAAGAGAAAAAAGAAUUAGUACUUAGUGCAAUUUUUUAUGUAACAAGUACAUGUAGGUUCCAUGCUGCCAUGUGUCUGUCAUGUAAUAGAUCACAGAUCAUGUCAAAAUGAGAUAAAAACAAAAAGUGGCACAUGAGGCUCAGCUGAUUGUGUCACUGAUGUUGUUUAUCCAUGACUUGAAAAGACCUACAGAAAUAAAGAAUCUAUUUGUUUUAUUUGAUAAAAAGCAAAAUGUCGUCAAUGGUGAUGUCAUCUAUGUGUCUGUCCUCCAAUAGAUCAAUAGUAAGCACCAAUAAAUGUAUGCAUGAUUCAACUCGUCAUAUACAAAGUAAUGUGUUUUAGUCAAUGAGGACAAGGCCUGAACCAACUGCAGGUACAUGUAUCAUGUAUGGUCUGAGGCCAGCAUUGUAUUGAGUGUAAUUUUACUGGACAUUUUUCCUCACCCACAGUUCUCUUUGGUUUAAGUGUUAGCAAAUUAUUGUGUUUUGAAUCAUAGUUACAAUACACCAGUUCCUGUUUGGUCAUGUGCUUGGAAUGAAGAUGACACCAAUUACAUCUACUGCGGGCUACAGAAUGGCACUUGUCUUAUUUUCGACAUAAGAAACACUGAAACUUACCUGAAGAGUAUUCAGAAUACAACAGGGGGUUCCUGUCCUGUCAUUGCCUUGGCUCAUGUGUCAUCAGACCCUCACAGUGCCCUGAGGUGAGAUCAUGUCAAAAUACAUUUGGUAGUUUCUCCUUUACCCUUUAACUCACAUGGAUGACCAAGACAGAAUUUCUCCUCACAAUAGCCAUACAAUAUUAAGUGCACAGGUAAUGAGAAUAAGGACAAAUGUAAAUUAGGGGAUUAUUAGUUGAUCCAACACCAAAUUCCUAGAGCUAACACCAUAGGAACUGUAUGACAGACAGUAAGGAGAAUUACCCAUAAGAUCUUGGAGUGAAGGGUUAAAAACUAUUAACAGUGUAAUUUUUUCAAGUAGAUAGAAGUACAUGUACUUUUCUUGAGUGAGUGUGAAAGGAAAUUCAAGAAAGAGCUGCAUUUUAUUGCAUCAAAUUGACUCAAGGCAACAAAGAAUUGAUUAUUGUUACUGCAGUAGUUGUUCAUUAAUUCUGUUGAGUGGGGUGUUGAGUGGUUGAGUUUGCAAGCAGGCUUCAAUGUUGGCUCUGCAGAAUAAGUGUUUCUCUGCCUGUUGGAAGAUUUGAGAAGAGAUAGAGCAAGGUGUGCUAGGGGUGUGGCUGACUAGUUUGGCUCAAGGCCUUAAAUUUAUUUGUUUGCAAAUAGGCACUUGUCUUAAAGUGCGUAUUGUAAGGAUGUGCUUGUAUUGUCAGUGGAACACUUGUAGGAGAGAAACAUGUGUUUUGCCUUAUGUUGUAUAGUAAUUGGUUGUAACAUUUUGGAAGCUUUCUUUUUGUAUCAUCUGGUGAUAAAAAAUAAUAAUAAUUGGUGAAUGUUAGACUACCUUGUGACAAAGGUUUUUUUUUUACUUGUAUGUACAGUAGAAUGAACAAACAACUACUAAUCCAAGUCAAGUGAGAGCAGGCUGCACAUAAUAAUAACUUUAAAGUCAAAACUACUAGGAAUGUCAGCUUUGAAACUCUUUACAGUGGCCAAUGCACAUGAUCAUCUCAGUUGGUAAAACCAAAAUUAUCUUGUUAUAAUCCCCCACUGAUGCAGCACCGCGGUUUAGUUAGAAACUUACCUCCUUUAUUAUUAAUAGUGAUUAACUUGUAGCUGUUCCACACAGUUUUAAUGUUAUGGGCGUCAAACACUGUAUUAGGUGAAUGCCAAAUGAAAGACAAAUUCCCUGAGCAACUGCAUCCACAUGAAAAGAAAAAAAAACACAUGUAUGCAUGCAGGAGAGAAAGAAUCAAAAUACACAUAUUUGUUUCAAAACUUUUGCACAAUUCUGGGGCAUUAGUUGCAAACCAUGCAUAUAACUAAUGUAGAAGGGAAAUGCAUAAUUACUUAAAGAGAGGGGUUGAAUGGACACUUCAAUUUACUUGGGGAUACUCUUUUGCCAUUUUUUUUUUUUUUUUUUUUUUUUUGCAGACCUGGAGGAAUUCUUGUUUGCAAACUUGAAGGAGCUUCUUUCUGGGAAAAAACACCUGGAGCUGAUUUUGUCCCCCAUUGCCUAACUCUUCCUGAAGGUACUUGACUGUAUUAGAGAAAAUGACAGAUCUGUAAACGGGAAAACUGUCGUGUUAUUUGCUUAAUCGUCUUUACUUAGGGAAAAAGUUGAAUGUGAAUUUCUGAAAUUUUCUUGUGGGGGGGGGGGGUAUCGAUCAGCACAGUUACACUGUAUCACUUUGUGAGUUGACCAUAUUCUAACAAAACCAAUCCCAGGAUGAAAAUGCCAUCACCUUUGUGAAGGAUAUGUGUUAUGUACAGUGUUCACAUGUGUGGGCAGUUAAAACUUGUUUUAAAAAUGACUCAUGGUUUUGGCCCUUAAUUCCUGUAGGUGGUUAACAUGUACAUGGUGUGAGUUCUCUUUACAACAAACACAUCAAGCCAGACCUUAUUUGCACUUAGUUUAUGACACACUCAUACCCGUACCAUUAAUAACACAUCAUCAUGGCUUAAAUUCCUUUUUGUCUCAUACUGUUUAGGGUCUUGCACCAGUUUAUCCUUUGAGCCAUCAACUCGUCAUUGUCUGUUUUCACUUCGCCCCUCCAAGAAAUUCCCUCAAACAAGACAUUUGGUAGGAUUUUCUUAUCUUGUGCAGUUCAUUUUUCAAAUGAAUGUUUACCACAUGUUAAUUUUUUACUUAAUCUCAAGGUUAAACUAUGAUGUAAUUAUGUUUAAUCUGAGCUGGAUAAAAGUUUAGCCAGUGAGAUAAAAUAAGAGUCUUUGUUGGUGAAGUGUCUCAAAACUGUUGAGGAAAAUGCAAGAAACUCUUUAGGUGGCCAAUUUACAAUGUGAACUCAGUUGUUAAAACAAAAUUAUCUUGUAAUACGCACACCCCCACCCCCACCCCAACAUUUUUUUGCUGGGAAAUUAAAAUUUUAUGUACCUGUAGAUGUAGGGAUAACAUAAUUUAAUUUAUGCUAAUUUAAUUAAAAAUACAGUUUACUGUAAAUGUACUAGGCUUGAUCUGAAAGCCUUUGCCUCUUAGAAGUGACUAUCAUGAAUUAUCUUAUAAUUUCAAUGAAUCUAGCUGGAAGGAAUGACAUACAGUGGGAUGGUGUUGCAUGUGUCUUGACAUGAAACCAGAUUCUCAAAAGCAAGUCACAAGGGGAUUUUGUGAUUUAGGCUAAGUUAACAACUGUAUACAAUUGGAAUAAUUAUUGUUAAUAUUAUAUACACUGUAUGGUACAACACACAUAGGUUUGUCAGUUGCAAGGUAAAGGUGUGGGUGUAUCAAUGGCCCGAGCUCAAGCAGAAAGAGCAGGGAAUAUGGAGGAUGGUGAGGAUGGUAUGUACAUUGUGGCUGUGUGGAAAACAUGAACACUUACUGGUACUGGUAGUUAUUGAUGAUAAACAUCAUUGUUCAAGGGCAUUCAGGGAAGGAUGUCUGAUAAAAACAAAGAAUUUACUUGGUUUGGUUUUAAGUAGUGCUACAGCUGUUGGUGUGGAAUCAGAUGAGUUGAUGGUAUGGAUUGAGAGGGUACAGAUAUGAAAAGAGGAAUAGUGCUCACUGUUCCUUUCAUACCCUAACAUUCAAUUUUGUUUGUACUUUUGUACUGUAUGCUGGUACAACUAAGCAGCAGUGCAGGUUGAAUGAUCCUGUACAUGUAUUUGGCUUGGCAAUAAUUACAAACUCUUGUGUUAUACAAUCAUGUUAUUUUCAGAUGCCAGCCUCUGUACCUGUCAAGCUGUCAAUCAAUGUGUUGGCGGCCCAACACAAAAGCUUCUCAGCAAAUCCAGGUUAUUCACUUGUCCUGAUGAUUGCAACACUCUGAUGGUGGCAGCUGGUGAUGAGAGCCUCUCAUCGGUGAGUUUUCCUCAAGCUUUGGUGUAUAGCAGUUUUAUUAUGUUCCUGUGCAGUAAAUGAUAUCUGCAGUGUUGCACUUGAAGCUUGAACACAUCAGGGGUAGCCAAGAGUGAUGAUAAAUUUAACCCUUUCACAUUUAAGAUCUCAAGAAUUACCCUCUUUCCCCACAUGUAUCAACAGCUUCUUACAAUGGAAGUUCUUUAUUGUUUGAUAUCAUAAGCUUGAUAGUUUUUUUUUUAAUUCUGAUUACCUGCUUGCUGUCUUGGUAAUUUAAGUAUUUUUUGGCCACUUCUGAAAGUGAAAGAGCUACAUGUAUGCUAAGAAAAGUCUUGAAAAAACUACAUGUGUAACCAAAAUUAUUUACUAUUAUCUUCAUGCAAAAAUGUUCUAAAAUAUGUAAGAAUUUGUGUCAUUAUGCUAAGAGAACAGAAGUAUGUACAUGUCAUGAUCUUAACAGCGACAUACCUCUCAGUCAUAAGAUUAAACAUUCUAUCCAAAAGACAUUCUCAAGCAGGUAUAUGUACCCAGCAUUGAGAAAAUGUUUACCUUUUGUCUGGUUAUGUGGAUGAACACCAACUUAGUGUGCAAAAUGUUUACUUGUUUUUUUAUUCCCUAGACUUUGAUAUGGAAUGGCAGCAAUGGAAACCAGCUGCAGAAACUACCCAACCAAGGAAAAGAGAUAUUAGAUGUUCUUCCCUUUGCUGGCAAUGGAAAUGACUAUCUGGCUACAAUUGAUGAGCAGAAAUUAAGUGUUUACAAAUGGACGAAUGUAUAAAAAAUUAUGGAUGAAUUCUGAAUCACUCAAAGAACCCUUUUUUUUGUGUACCAAUGUGUUAUAAGAUCUGUGUCUAAAAUUGUACAUUAAAGGCUAUGGGAAGAGAAGAAAGCAAACAAGUUCUAUGGAGUCUGCAGCUUAAUUCUUUUGUGUCCUUUGGGGAGGAGAAUGCUAAUCUGUAGAGCUGAAGGUACUCUUUCAAGCACACCACCAAAUAUUUCUAAGGGAAUGAGAUGAUGAUUGAAGUAUGUCAGUGGGACAAACUGCUGUUGUAUUGAUGUUCAGAACAGGACUGCUGGAAUGGUGAAAAGUGUUAAGAAAACAACAGCUCAGUGCUGGUCCAUAAAGAUGGAACAGAUUAUCCAAAUUUUAUGAAUAUCUCUAAUGUAUUAAACUGUGAAUAAGUUGUUCAAGUUCUUGCAUUUAUCACUCUAUGUUAAUCUUGUUUCCAUUAUUAAAGAAUGU